UCAGAAAAACGGUACAUGCAGAGUCGAAGCUGCUCUUCACCUCAUCAAAAACAAUCACCACUCACUCUCAAACAGGAGAAGUUCUGCAACUAUGCUUGUGUAGAACGGUUUCUCAAAGCAAGUAAAGAUAAUGUCAAGAAAGCUGCCAAGCAACUCAGGGCGUUCCUCUCUUGGAGACACACUAUAGGCAUCGAGCAUCUGAUGGCGGAUGAGUUCGCGGCUGAAAUCGCCGAAGGCUUAGCGUAUGUGGUUGGUCAGGACGAUGAAUCCAGACCUGUAAUGAUUUUCCGGAUGAAGCAGGGCUACCGUAAGUCACGUUCUCAGAAACGUAAAUCAAUUCGUCAUCUUGUUCGAUGCAACUAAGUGCCUUCAUUUCAUAUAUAUAUAUAUACACACACAAACAAAGGACUUCUGAGAGACACUACAACAAGAAGGAGCCGCUGAGACGAGAGACGGGAGACCAGAGAACAGAAACCAGAGACGGGAGACGGGAGUGAGAGAGGAGAGAAUUAACGUGUAAUAACAAACGGGUAAUUUUGGCAGGUGCAAGAGUCUGACAAAUAAUUAAAGCUUUAACGGUAAAAUUGAAUUAUCGAAGCACCCUCCUUCAGCUCAUGAUAAAACACAAUUUUUUGCCUUAAUAAUCAAUUAUCACCAUUUGAAUCUGUUUGGCUAAAUUCUAUUUAACUCGAUUAUUUGGCUCAAAUAAUUGAUUAAUUGAUGAAUCCAACCAGGCAGAAAAAUUAUGGGAAAAUGACAGUAAAGUCCCUUUAAAUUAGCUAAUUGACUAAUUGAUCCCGUAAAAUGAUAUAAUUUCCCUUAAGUCCCUGGGGAUCAUUUUGUCAUUAGGAAAUUUGAAGAAAUGACAGUUUUGCCCUUAAUUCAAAUGA